AUGGAUGCAGGAAUUCAGAGUCAUCCCAAUUUUGAGAUGUUGGCCCAGAUAGGUAAUGGUGCAUACAGCACUGUUUACCGUGCAUGUUCAACGAGUGGGCAAAUUGUAGCUGUAAAGAAAGUCCAUGUGAACCUUUGUGCUGAUGGUAUACCUUUGUCUACACUUCGGGAAGUUGUUCUUUUGAAGGAAUUGGCUCAGUAUGAGCAUCCGAAUAUAGUGAAACUACUGGAUGUCUGCACGGGUCAUAGAACAGAAACCGAUCUGUAUCUGUUUUUAGUGUUUGAACAUUUGGAGCACGAUUUGUCUAAUUACAUUGAAAAGUGUCCCCGGUCUGGCAUGGGAGCAAGCUUGGUGAGAGACAUUAUGUUCCAGACUUUGAGUGGUGUUGAUUUUCUCCAUAGUAAGCGUGUAAUCCAUCGAGAUCUGAAACCUCAGAACAUCCUGAUUUCUUCUUCAGGAACAGUGAAGUUAGCAGACUUUGGGCUGGCUAAGACUUAUGACUUUGAAAUGCUACUUACUUCUGUUGUUGUAACCAUAUGGUAUCGUGCUCCAGAGGUUCUCAACUCAACAUAUGCUACACCAGUUGAUAUAUGGUCCUGUGGUUGUAUUAUGGCUGAAUUGUUUCUCCUGCAUCCCAUAUUUUGUGGAACAUCAGAAGUUGAUCAGCUGGACAAGAUAUUCAGCAUCUUAGGAACACCUCCUGAAACAAGUUGGCCAGAGCAGACACCAUUACCUUGGUCUGUUUUCAAAAACUACACAGCUGCUGACCUGGAAGGGAUGAUGCCUGAUUGCUCCUCAGAUGGUCUGAAUCUUUUGCAGAAUUUGUUGAUGUUUGAUCCUUGUCAGAGAAUCAGUGCUGCAAAAGCCUUAGCUCACCCUUAUUUCAAGGAGCAUGGAUACAUUGCACGCUAG